CAUGACCGGAAACUACUGCUGUUUGUUUCGGCGGCCCGGUUGCCAUGGUAACGGAUGGUGGAGGCGAAGCGAGGACCCGGGACAUCGAGGAUUGUCUGCUGUAACAGGAUCAAAGCAAGUUGUUUAUAUUGAAUGCAAUCAUGGAGGUGGAAAAUCAUGCUGUCCUGCAAUUAAGUAAUCAUGGUCAGGCCCUUAUGAAGCCGGCAAUUCUUCCAAUUGACAGAUUGGUGGAGGAACCUAAGCAUGGAGACGUGCCAAAUCAUUUACUGGAAACAAAGAUCUAUAACACAUUGCAGAGUAACACAACAAUUAAGGCUAUUCCUGCGGUGCUACAUUUUGGAGGCUUUGAGAUAGGAAAACAUCAUCAACAGCAUCUGAAAUUGCUAAAUAUUUCUUCAGCAACGACAAACAUUCACAUUCUAACUCCUCAGACAAAAUAUUUCCAAAUUAAAUAUACCAAAAAGAAUCAUUUGGUCCCUGGAAUGUCAUUUAUUGUUACAGUUGAUUUCUGUCCUAAUGAAUGGCGAUAUUAUUAUGACAGUAUUCGCAUUCAUUGCAAGGAAGAUGAAACACUACUUGUUCCUGUGCAUGCAUAUCCUGUUGCAAAUAUAGUGGAUUUUCCUACUUACUUGAGUAUAAUUGAAGUCAGUCUUGGGCAAAGCAAAGAUAUCAUAAUUCCUUUGCGAUGUAGCUGCCCAGUUGAUUUUGAAUUUCAGCUGAGUUGUCCACAAAUGCAUCCUGCAUUCAAAAUUCAGCCUACAUCAGGAAUAAUACCAGCUGAUGAACAAAUUGACCUUGUUGUCACUUACACACCUACUAACCGUGCUAUGGCUCAAAUUGAGGUGCAGCUCAUCGUUUCAGAGUUUAACACAAAACCCUACAAAUGUAUUAUCGUUGGAAAUUACUCUCCAGGGAUUAAAUUUAUGCCUCAUGCUGAACAUGAAGAAAGUAAAGAUAUCACCACAAGAAAGUUAUUAGAUCCUCGGAGUAUUUCACCAAUACAGAUUUCAAGAAAAAAGAGACAUCAGAAAAAAGUAUUGGAUCAUACCGUUGGGAAAUUACAGGAAAUAAAGUUUCCAGCAGAUUUGUCUAAUCCACAUGCUGUAGCCCUUGUAUUAAACCAGAAACCUGGCAAACUACGAAUCAAAGAUCUGCGAGAGGCAUUGGCUCACGUUCAAGGAGCAUCACAAGGCAGACAGGCAAAAGAAGCAAUGUUUAAUCAAAAGGUCAACAAUAUUGUCAAGUCGGAGAAAGCUAACCAAUUACAAUGGCAGUCACACCUUGGUAGAGAUCCAAUUUCUCCUGAAGCUAAACAAUUGAUUCUGGAAAAUAGACACCAAGCAGAUGAAGAAUACAAGGUGUCCAUGGAUGUCCAUGUACCAGAGAACGAAUAUCAAAGGCAAAAAACAAAGAUUUCAUUGAUCCGUGUCCUCCGAUCUGUUGGACAGUUUCCAAGCUGCACCCCACAAUUUGAUCCAUAUACAAAUGAUCCCUGGGAUGUCCGCAAGAGAAAUCUCAAACGAUUUCAGCUGGCUGCACGAAAGGUUAUCAUACAAUGCAGAGUAAAUCAUAGGUUGAUUUUGUUGCGAAAACCUGUUGAAGAACGUAAAACUCAAACAGGUUUAAUUCAUUUCAAUGACAACAACAGAGUCGCCGUCGAUUAUUCAGAUCAGGAAACUGAAAAGUUUCAGGCAAAUCUUUCAAUGGAUAAACCUCUGCCUUUUACAUUCCCUUUUUAUGUCUCUCCUGACUGGAGUGAUGAAUUAGCUGCUAAUGCACUUGGAUCUGUGCCUGUCAAACCAUCAGAAGUAAGAAUCAAUCGAGUGGUCCCAUACUUCAACCUAAAGGCUUUCCAUCAUUCUCAGAUAAUGAAUUAUGUAUCGUAUUCUGCCCAGUAUACUUCACUUCGUUAUGUUCCAUUGACUUUGGCACGGCCUCUCAGGACAGGAGCAGAGGAUGAAUGCAUCAUAAUAUCACCACCUGGCAAAAAGCAAAUUGAAAUUGAAACUGACACACAUUUGGAUAAACAGCGCACACGAAAAGCUUCGGGAAAGGAUGAAGAUUUUUUUGCAGGCACAUUAACCAUAAUUCCCCCUGAAGGGUUACUCAAACACCCAGGCUAUCAUCCAUUAUAUGUGUUUAACCUUGUUCCUGACCUUUGUACAUUUAAGUCACCUCUUUCGUUCGCUGAAACAGAUCUGGAAUUUCACCUUUGUCCUUUGCCAAGAUACAUCAUAGACAGCAAAGACGGAAGCAAGUUUGCAAGCACUCAGAAGAAAUUUCUUGAUAGAGAUGAUAUAAUUAAAGGUUUAAUGAUUUGGAAGAGGUUUCCCUCUGCUGCUCUUAAGUCCUUGACGACCACUGACUUUUUCACCAGCUCAUGGGUGCCACAAUGGAAUGAUCCAUUUCCAAGGGAUAUGCUUCCCAUUAAUACUCCUUUCCAAAUGGAUUAUAAAUUAAAUGAAAACAUGGAUAAUGCACACUUGGAAAGUUCUGAAGGGGUGUUACUAACACCUGAAAUGUUGGAAGCUGAAUUCACAAUGAUCCAAUAUUUAUUAUCAGAGAGUGCAAUAUUUGAACCAGAACCAGAGGAUGAUAAAAACGCAAAGCUUAAAACCUCACAAAUAUUGCCUCCUGUUCAACCCACUUCAAGGGAAAUUCGAGAAGAACAGUUAGAGAUUUCUCUACAAGUACAGAACAACCGACUGGGAUCCAAUAUUCAAAUGCGGAUAGAGCGCCUAAAACGUUUAAGUAUCAACAAGUUGUUGCUUCUAAACUGAAAUUGAUAUUCAGUGGUAUAUUGCAGUUCCAAACCACGACAGUUAUCCAUUUACUUAUUUUAAAAGACUAAUGUGCUGCUUCGUACACAAUCAUUUUAAUACGUAAAUCGCUUUUUAAAAAGUUGUUGAAAGAGUAUAAUUAUCCAUGGAGUAUAAUUAUCCAUGGAGUUUGUGCCAUUAUGAUAUACCAGGAAAUCUAUGUACCCAUAUUGCAAUUUGGAGUGAAUCUUGUACAUAAACUCAAAACUAGAAUUAAAUUUACAAAUUAUU